AUGGAUUCCGAGAAGAGGCAACACCACGAAGGGAGCCCCGAUCGCGAGCUUCCGGAAUAUCCUGCUGUCGGUGGCAGUCGGGCGGAGCUCACGCAGCACGACUACCAGCUCGAGGACAGCAAGGGCCGUUCGUGGCUCUUCCUGUCGUUGCGGAGCCACGCCAAGAGCGAGAAGCAGCUUCCACUCUUUCAUAACGGAGACAUUAUCGCGGGGGACGUCGCGCUUGAUUUCGAUAAGACGAGCGGCGUGCAGGCCGUGUUCGUUGCAAUAAUCGCAGGUGUCACCGCAGUGGGCCAGGAGGAGGCCCGGUUCCUGCAUCUCCCGGCGACUUUGUGGGACGGUAAAUCAACAACGUCUGCGGUCGCGAAGCCGACCGGUAAACAGUCCUGGCCGUUCUCACUGGCUCUUCCGAGCGAGAUCGCCCUUCCCGGGAAGGGCAAGCGGGCGUCGCAGACGUACAUACUCCCGCCCAGCUUCUCUGAGCGUGCAAGCCCGGCGUACGUCGAGUACAAGGUCAUCGUCACUGUGCGUCGCGGGCUCUUUCGUGCGAACCAGACACUGUCUACGGCCAUCGUGUACCUACCACAUUGGCGCGCAGACCCGCCGUCCGCGUCGCGUCACGCCGCGUAUCGCAACGGCACCCCGCUGGUCAGCCCUGAGUUUGAUCCAGACGGGUGGAAGGUACUGUCACCGGUGACUGUCAAGGGCACACUGUUCAACGCGCGGCAGGUGGAAGUGCAGUGCACGCUCGCAGUUGCUCGCCCGCUGUCCUUUGCGCGGGGAUCUCCGAUCCCGCUCUUCCUAACCGUCGCGGGCGCGGACGAGCAGGCAGUGGGCGUUCUGGCUGCGCCUGCUGCAAUCAAAGUGCACUUGCGCCGUUCACGCGUGCUCGGACCGUAUGCUACGAACGAGGAGGCCGACCCUCCUAGUGACAAGGUUUUCCGAGACAUAGUCGGCACUGCAUAUUUCUGGCCCCUCGAGCAGGGUUCUUCGGGAAGGACAGCACAGACUCUGCAGGGCGAGCUGAGCGUGAAUGUGGGCCUGAAGCCCAGCUUCACCUUUCCCGAGUUUUCCCUCAAGGUGCGGGGAUGUCCAUUGGGAAACGCGGCCAUUCCACUGACACCCGUAGCGAUGCAUUUCCCGCAGUACCAUCUCGUGCUGCUCCCUCCGCAAGCGUCUGGAUUUUCUUGCAAGGGGUCUGCGAGUGAGGCGUUGUUAACAGAGCAGGCGGUCAUCGCCUCCGCGGAGGCGAUGGGCGUGCUGUCUCGCCGCUUCGCUCCGCCGGGGUGUUUAUUGGUCGCUCGGGGAGCGUCUGAAUGUAUGGACCCGUAUAUUGCCAAUUACCAGUGGGCGCGGCUGAACAUACUCGACCGCAACCGUUUGCACCAUGCUGCAGCCGUCAUCCGCAUCCGCAUCGAAGUCCCAUAUAUCGCCGGGAAGCCUACUCAUCAGAUCAUAAGCCACUUGUCCCUUGAUCACGGGCGGCCGUCCACCGCUAAUUUUGCCCAGAAGGCCGCACACAGAAUUGCUGCAAUACGGUUGUGGGCGUGCAUCGUCGAAUACGCGUAUUUCUUUUUCUACUCCUUCGUGCGCACGUCUUACAUCAAGCGCCUCGCGGCACGUCUGCCUAAGGGCGCCAAGCCGCCCCCACUCUCCACCGCUGCGGAGCUCAUCCUCGGCGCGAUCGCGGGUGCUCUUGCCCAGAUUUUCACCAUCCCUGUGUCCGUCAUCGCGACGCGGCAGCAGAUUGGGCCCUCGCUUGAUGGCCGACGGCGGCGUUCUGCCCGUGCGACGCCGGAGCGUAAGGCCGCGGACAUCGAUUCCGCGGCUGCGGCUGCGGGCCCGCAGGAGAGCGACGACUCGUUCUUAGGGGUCGCGAUGGAAAUCGUGGAGGAGGAGGGCAUCGGCGGGCUGUGGCUCGGCAUCAAGCCUGGGCUGGUGCUUACGGUGAACCCGGCAAUCACGUACGGAGCAUACGAGCGCGUGAAGAGCGUGCUACUCGUCGCACAGGAGAAGGCGACCGGUGUAACGGAUGCGAAACUGAGUGCGUGGACGGCGUUUGCGGUCGGUGCGUUAAGCAAGACGCUCGCGACGGUUGUGACCUACCCGUACAUCAUGGCGAAGGUGCGCAUCCAGGCGCGCUCGGCGGACGCGGAAGAGGCGGCAGAGGAGCAUGUGCCCCCGCCCCCGCCACACGCGUACCACCACGUGCAGAAUAAGCACGUUGGCGCGCUUGCUAUACUUGCGCGUGUAUGGCGCCAGCAGGGCUUCCUGGGGUGGUAUCAGGGCAUGGGCGCGCAGAUCACGAAGGCAGUGCUCUCGCAAGCGCUGCUCUUCAUGUCGAAAGAUAAGUUCGAACAGUGGGCGCUUGCGAUCAUGGUCAUGUUCUGGCAUUUACGUAGAGGGAAGGCGUAG